ACUGUUAUCUGUCAAGAUUUUGCAUUUAUUUAAGACAUGCAACUUCCGAUAGCGAAGCAGUCCAUGAUGAUGUAUACACUUAUGAUACAGUAUUGAAUCAGUUGGUAUGUUUUAAAAGCAGUAAUGGGUGCUGAGUCAAGUAUUUUUGAAGAAUGCGACUUAGACGAGCCAGUGGUUACUUCAAAAUGUACAUGGACUUUACGACACGGGAGUUAUAACGGUGAACAGGACAUUACGGUCCUGUCAGAGGAAAAGGAGAACAAACUAAAAUGGAGUUUGUUGCAGAAAAAUAUUAAAUUUAUGAAGAGUCUGAGACAUCCCAGUAUUGUGAAAUAUCUUAACGUAGCUGAGUUGUCCAGUGAACUUCACUUAAUCAUAGAGAGGAUAGCACCACUACCAUGUCUACUGGACAUGCUAGACCCUUUAGAAAUCACCAGUGGACUUUACAAUGUGAUGGAGGGACUCUCUUUUCUUCAUGAACAGGCUAGAAUUUCCCAUAACAAUAUAUGCCAGGAGGCUGUUUUUGUGACGUUGAAAGGGACCUGGAAAAUUGGUGAAUUGCAGCAUUGCUGUAAAUUUCUGGAAAUCACACCCGAAUUCUUGAAAAAUUCUAAACAGUUUCGAAAUCAAGAUGGUAUUGCACCAGAAGAAAAGAAUGAGAAAUUGACAGUCACAGUUGACAUGGGACACACUAGGGAUGUGUACUCUUUUGGAGUGAUGGCAGAAAACCUUUUAGAAUAUCUUACAGAAUUAGGUGAGAUGACAAAGACAUUUGAAAUUCUUGUACAGGACAAAUGCUUGAAUCCUGACCCCAAACAAAGACCUAAGAUCAGCACUAUAAUGGAUGACCAGCUUUUUCGAAAUGAUUUGUUAUAUGUAACAAAAUUCCUUGGUGAAGUAACAUUGAAGUCACAGAAAGAAAAAGAUGAGUUUUUCAGCUCCUUAUAUUCCCGACUGACUACACUAACAGAGGAAGUUAUCGCCAAACAGCUUGUUCACUUAUUGCUCUGUCGAUUUGUUUUACUGGAAACAUCAGCAGCUACUACCAUUGUUCCCAAUAUACUUGUUCCAAAAAGAGGUACAAGCAUGAAAGUUGAAGUCAAUUUCCAGAAGCUUUCCCCGUUGUUGACUGUGCCAUCUUAUCAGAAGUAUGUGGUACCUGAACUAAUCAAAAUGUUCCACUGCCAUGAUUACCACAUCCGAAUGAUUUUAUUGACCUAUUUCUCACAGUAUGUGGAUCUGUUCGAGAAGAAUGACUUAGAAAACAUCAUCUUUCCACAGGUACUUCUUGGAGUGCGAGACAGUCACGAGGACUUAGCAGCUCUAAGUUUACACUGUCUGGCAGACCUGGUGAAAGUGCUGGGACGAGAUGCUGUUAUCGGGGGCAAAAGUAAAGCAUACUUCACAAAGGGAACUCCAAAGCACCUGUCAUCAACUGCCGUGGAAAAUGACAACAGCAAAAACUUGGACAAAGUGUUAUUAAAAGAUUUAGCAACAUACAGUUCCGAGAACACUAAGGCAGCAACAAGCUGCAAAGUGGCAGAUAUAAAAAGACAAGAGAGAAAAUCCAAGCUUAAAGAGCAAAGAUUAGCCAGAGAACAGAAGAAAUUGGAACAGCAACAAAAGUGGAGAGAGAAACAAGAGAAAGAGACGGAAAAUGAAAUUAACAACUUGCAAAACACUGGCACAAUCAUAGAAAAUAGUCCAAGAGAAAUCACAUCUACUAGAAAGGAAUAUAGUCCUGAAUUAAAUGGCAGAUUAAAUCCUCACAGUUCCUUCACUGAUAUCCAGGAUGGGUACACAGAGCGUUUAUCAUUUGAAAAUCCAAUGCAAGAGACAAUGAAAUCUGUGAAAUCUGAGGAAGGUCGGGAUAUUGAUUCAUUUGAUGUCAAAGUGGCCAAAAGCUGGAAUGACGAUCGUCUGGAUCCUGAUGUGUACGUGACUGGGGACAACAGUGAGGAGGAUUGGUCUGACUGGGAUGAUAAGAUGGAUGACUUUUCAUCCAAUACAAAGCCAGCUUCACCUACAGAGUCUAGAAAGAAAUCUGACAAGGAACUUUACAACCACUGUGAAGAAUCUUUUAUACAAGAUGGUGACUCACCUAGCAAAUCUAGUCAUGAAAGUCCACAGCCAAACCUUUCAAGUAGUAAAUUUGUUACCAAUGAUAAACAAUCUAGUUCCCUUAAACCAGGAAAAACUGCUUUGAAAUUGCAAUCUUCUAAAAAGAAAGUGUCAAAAAAAGAAAACACUCCACUUGGUGCAGAAUUUGAAAUCAAAUCGACAACCACGUCAACUUCAGGACCAGUUCAUGAGGAAGUUGAUUUCUUUAAGGACAUGGGCUUAACUCCAGUGAUCAAGAAGGGGGAAGCUCUAGAGAAAACACUGCAACCAGAUGAAGCUAGCAAUUCUUCCUCUUCAGCUGUAAUAGUCUCUUCCAGUCAUCUGUCUUACAAUAUGGAUGAAAACAGUCAGCUGGACACAGUUGGAUGGGGAGAUGACCUGAAUUGGGCAGAGGAAGACUAGUUAUCUAACUCAAGAUUCCAGUUUUUUUGUUCUUUUAGUAAAUUUACUUGCAAUAUCUAUUGUCCAAAUUAAAUAUAUUUUCCUUACAGUAUACAAAUGCUAGUAUACAUUUAUUCUUUUUUAAUAUAUAUAUUUCUAGGGUAAGAGUGCGAGUCUUUAUUUGCUUAAGCUUUUGUACCUUUAUAAGCUAUCGCAAUGAUUGAAUGGUGACUGUUUCUUCAGUGCACAUUUAGCUUACCACUCUGAACAUUAUUCUAAAAAAAAUAAUGUUUGUCAUGCCAAACUUGUAAACAACUUUAUCACCUGAAUCAUUAUAAAUAAAAUUGUUUAAUACAGAAACUCCUAGAAUAAGAGCAAAGUACUUUGUUGUUAUUACAAUUAAAGUUACAUGAAUAUACAUGCUCUGUAGACAGGUUAGUUUUGGCAUAUGUAAUAUUAAUCUGUGUUUUCUUUUACUUGGAUAUGUUUGUGUUUUAUAUCUUGGUGAAUUUUCAUUUCAUGCCAUUACAAUUGCUUUAAAGUCAUAUGAAUGGAAAUUUUACAUUUAUUGGCAAUCUUCAUUCAAAUUAGCAAACAUUUCCAACAUGCCAAAAUUACCUAUUAUAGGGUAGAGAAGAUUCUAAUCACUAUAAUAAUUCCUGUGCCACGCCGUUUCUCAGAAGCAUCUUGCUCUGCCUAUUUCUGAUUCCUUACUGCAUCCUAAAUAUGUUAAUCUACAUUUCAAAAAUCCCAAGUGUAAAGAGCUAAAUUAUGAAAUUAAGACAGAAAACAUUCAGAUGCAAGGUUCAAUUAAGGACAAUUGCACACUUUGGCUGUGGGUUUUUAGGUGCCCUAUAGAAAUCACUCUGUCCGGGUGUCAACUUAAUUCCUUUUGAUAAAUUUUAUAAUUCUAAUUUAAGGCAGAGGAAGACUCUUUUCAGUUUUCUCAUUACAGAGUUAUGGAACUGCGAAUAUUUAAAAAUAUUCAUUGCUGGGCCCCUUCUCACUUUUCAGUUUUCUAGUUUACAAAACAUGUAAUAUUUGAUGAAUAGGGCACAAUCAGCGAAAGAAGAUAGUAGAAUGAAUCCGCAUGUGACACAGCUGGCUACAUACACUUUGUUAGCCUUAUUAUUUUGUUAACAGUAUUGCUUAGCUGCAAUAAUGUAAUCUCUCCAAUUUUUAUUCGCUCGUCGAAGACAGGACGUAUAUGGUAUGGCGUUGUCCAUCUGUCUGUUCGGACCUUGUGGGAAGGAUACAGACUGAAUCAUAAGCUCCAGGAUUUUGCAACUUGGUACAUUUGAUCAACAUGAUGAGAGGAAGACGCCUUUUGUUUUUCAAUAUCAAAAGUCAAGGUCGUAGUAUCACUUAGUAGGAAAACCUUGUAGGCAGGAUACCGACCAAACCACAAGCUCUAGGAUAUUACAACUUGGUACAUUUGAUCAACAUGAUGAGAGGAGGAUGCUUACUAUUUUUCAAGGUCAAAGUUGUAGUAUCAGUUAAUAUGUAAACCUUCCAGGCACAAUACAGACUGAACUAUUGGGGCUAGGACUGUCAAACUCGUUACACAUACUCCUCAUGCCAAAUGAAGAAAGCCUUUUUUUGAAGGUCAAAGUAUCACUUAGUAGGAAAACCUUGUAGGCAAUAUACUGUUGGGGUUGGACUGUCAAACUUAUUAUAUAUACACCCUAUGCCAAGUGGAGGAUGCCUAUUGUUUUUUAAGGUGAAAGUCGUAGUAGCAGGAUACAUCGUACCAUUGGGGCUAGGACCAUCAAACUUGGUACACAUACAUCUUAUGCACAGUGAAAAUAUAUCAUAGACAGUACAUAAUUUGUCUGUUUUUACGAUGCAAAGAAAGUAUGUCGCACCCUGAUGAUUGCUGAUACUACCUGAAGCCAAGUUCUCCAAAUCAUGGUGCAAGAAAAACACCCUAUAACUUUUCACGGGCAUACUAUGUACCGUUGGUGGCACUCUGGUUUAUUUUUAUUUAAUUUACAUAUUUGGGGGGUCUAAGAGGGCUACAGUAUUGCAGCUAAAGUUCAGUACUUUGAUUCUAUGUUAAAUAAACAUUCCUGUUAAAUUACA